AAAAAAAAAAAAAGAUAUAAGAAAGAAAUCGUCCUUAGUGGAUUUGAACAAAACAUUACUUGUUGACAUUUGUCAAACUAAAUUCAGUUUUGGAUCUUGAUCUUUAUGUCUUCCAUUAAACACUACCAUUCAGGUUGGAUUAUCGCGCAAUAGAAGACAUUCUGUUUUUAUCAUGAGUGGUUGUGAUACAAAUGAUAGCAUGUCCCCACACCAGAGUAUCUCAAUCAGCUUAUGCUCCGACCACAGCUAUCGCCAUAGUGGCCGUUUAAAAGGCUUAAUUAUGAAGUCUAGUACAUUUUUGAUCUAGUCACAGUUUUCAGUAGUGGUCCACGACAAGGAUUUCCGUAUAGUAGAUUAUGACCUAGUCACAGUUUUCAGUAGUGGUCCACGACAAGGAUUUCCGUAUAGUAGAUUAUGACCUAGUCACAGUUUUCAGUAGUGGUCCACGACAAGGAUUUCCGUAUAGUAGAUUAUGACCUAGUCACAGUUUUCAGUAGUGGUCCACGACAAGGAUUUCCGUAUAGUAGAUUAUGACCUAGUCACAGUUUUCAGUAGUGGUCCACGACAAGGAUUUCCGUAUAGUAGAUUAUGACCUAGUCACAAUUUUCAGUAGCAAAUGGCUGCCUGGUUGCUCGGUCGUCUCGAUGGUCCAUGCCAUGCUCGCCGCCUUCCCCGUCGUCCUGCUGGAGGUUUGGACUAGGAAGUAAAUUGAAGUAGAUUAUUCUUAACUCUGAAGGAACACCCAAAAAAAUUAAACAAACAUAGAUUUUUUAAAAAAUGUGAUCCUACACAUGUCGGAAAAUUCGCGAAUCGUUGUGGUAAGACUUGUUUUCUAGAAGAAAUCUACGCAGGCUUUAUGAGCCGUGAGUCGCUUUGUUGCCAUUGUAAUAUGCCCACAAUUAAACUGUUAAAUGUUUCUUGUAGCUGUUCAGAUUGGCAGCUCGUUAAGUGAUUAUUGAUUGAACGUAUCAACGUGAAUGUUUGAUUUUGUUGUGCCUAAGUGAACUUCUUCUUCUAACCAGCUUUUUGCUGCUAAGCUGUCAGCUCUUUUGCAGACUGUGCCAAGGAAAAUAGUGUGCUGUUUUCUUCAGUUGUUCAGCACUGCCGUACAGGGUGUUGGUUAUGUUGGGCUGGAGUGGUAGUAGGGUCUGCCUAAGGUGGAUUAGGAAGGGGCAUUCAAAAAGGAUAUCGUUUACGGUUUCAUAAGGGUGGGCGCAGUGUCUGCAAAGGGGGAGUUGUGUGGAGUUUAUUUUAUUGAGAUGGUAAUUUAACAGAGGUGUGUGUCCUGUCCUUAGUUGGAAGAUUGUAGAUUGCUCUUUGCGGGAGAGGAAGUUAAUACUGUCCAGUUUGUUAGGCAUGUUCAUUUCUUUGUACAUGUCUCUGCCUGUGUUUCCUGUUGCUCAUUGGUUGAGCCACUCUUCUUUGUGGUUGUUGAUUAACAUUGACCUUAGGUUGGGGUAGUUAACAGGUCUGUCUGGUUGUUCCAGCUAGUCACAGUAUAGGAAUAUGAGACAAGUUCCCCGAAGUUAGCACUGUUCUCGGCCACUUGUAGCGAGUGCGGUCCAGGAACGGGGAUAUGACUGUCAACCGAUAUGACUGUCUACCGCUGGGAGCCCUCAGAUAGGACAUGGGAUGAAGAAUCCCAAUGUCCAGGUCUGGCUGUUGGAUAAAAGCCUUUCUAACCACCAUCGGGAUGAACGGCGCCCUUGCAGGCGCCGAUUCCCUACUGGACUUCAUUGAAGGUUGUUGCAUAGAUGAUCCUACCUUUGAAAGCUUAUCUGCCCUUUCAUUUCACAUGACGCCAAAUGUGUCCAGGGAUUCACUGUAAUGUGAUGUUGAUGUUUAAUUUUGUCAUCAUCUGGUGUAUUAUCACUAUUAGUGUUGUCAACUCUCUUGGGCUUUUUGAGGUGCUGCUGUUAAGUGCUUGAAGAGUGGAUUGGGAGUCUGUAAAGACAAUAAUAUCUGAUGGUGAUUGUAUCCCUUCACAUAAUUUAUUUUCGACUGUCUGCAAAGCUAUGGCAAGUGAACUUACAACAUUUGAACGAACUACUAAAUAGACACACUUUAAUACAUGUGUCUUUAAGUUUUCUUUGGGUAUAUCAUAGUAAAUUAGGUCUUACUUGUAUUUUAAUUCAUUUUGAUUUGAGCUUAAAGUUCCCCUUUCAGACCUUGCGGUCUGUAAAGGUCAUCCGUUUCUAUGGCCCACAGUUAACGAGGGUGUCAUUUUGCCGGCACAACCUAACGCCUUUACUUUUCCCAGACUAAUGUCAGGUACCCAUUAGAGCUAGAUGAACUCAGGGGCGCCCAAAUAUCCCGAAAUAAAAAAUCACAAUCUUCCCCAGGAUUCAAAACAGUUCCCCUUUCAGACCAUGCGGUCUGUAAAGGUCAUAUGUUUCUGUGGCCCACAGAAGCAAAGCGCUUUCCCACUCAGCCACGCGCCUCCGAUUUGAGCUUUUUGUGUUAUUAUAAAAAUCUUGAAAAGAACAAGAAAAAAUGUCACGAAUGUUAUGUGUGUGCUCUUCUCCUAUUGAAAUGGACAAUACUGUACCUGAAACAUUCAAACUGCAGCUUCUUUCAAUAGCAUUCUUUGAUGUCGUUUAGACCAGCGUCCAAUUAUACUUCAAGCCUAAUCUUAUCCUGACUCUAAAAGUAACCCCCAUUAUUUCUGUCUUUGCUGUAACAUUCAACAGAAACUACGGAAAACGAGGUUGUUGUCAACUUUGCUGGAUAUGGCAUUUCAAUGUUUUCUCGAUGUAGCGCAAUACAAUCCUUCUCUUUCCUUUGCCAUUUGGUUUUCCCAAACAUCUUUGUAUAUUAGAAUGUCAAUCAUAUUUUGAUCAUUGUUCCUGAUCACAACUAUGUAGCUGGUGCUCUGAUUGUGAUGUGAGAAUCCUUCUGAUACCAUUAGACUGGAUAUUUUACGUUACAUGCCCCGAUAAUGUCUCAGGUAUCAGCCAUUAGCCUAUCACUGGAGAGAGUGCAGGUUUGGAGAGAGGUGUGAACUUGUGCUACAUUCAGUGGCUGUUAUGUCAUCAGCUAUAACCAAGAUAUUGUCCUGUGGAGUAGAGUACAUGUGAUUCUAAAAAACCCGUAAUACUUUUUUUUUUAAUAUUGAUAGUCAUGUCAGUUUGUGAUGUGCAUAUUGCGUUAGCGAUUAUAACAUGCGUUCUAGUGCUGUGUCAAGUUUGAGUCGUAUCACAGAUGUGCCAACCUACGGGUACUGCAGGUUAAUUGUGUUUCUUUGGUAAGCUGUGACAACAAUUGCAGCGUUAUUCAUUCAAAAACUUAAGAACAACUAUUGCAGGCUAUAAGAUUGCCUGACCAUCUGCCUAACAUUCUAAUGAUACGGUUAGCUUAAAUUGUGCAUUGGUAUCUUGCAACUGGAGUAGGUUAUAAACGAGUUCAAAUCAAGACGCGAUUGCUUGGGAGGUUUUCAAUACAGUCCUUGACCUUCGACCCUUUCACAGCUGCCUCACUGACUACAUUUUGCAUCUCAAAAUCAAUGUUAAACAACACAACAAUGAAAUAUCAACUCAGUAUGGAGACAGCUUGUGCAGAGAUUUCAUAUGGAUUGCUAGGACUGAGUUUAAUGUUUAGAUCAUCUUCUUAAACUUGUUUUACAAACAGAGCUCAGGUAAUUGCUGAAGAGAAUCCUCUUCAAAGCUAGUCAAGGGAAUCACAACAGUAGCGACAACAUACAUUAUGUUUAAACAACGGGUGAUUUGUUUCUUCCUUUUGUGGUCUGCAAUGAAAGCUGCUACUCAAAGUGGAGCCUAUGAUACAGACAAUGAACUAGCAGAUCUUCAGGAACUAAUUAUGGAUAGUGUCCUUAUUGCUGGGAAGUCCUAUUUUUAUGUUGGUGAGCGGCUAGAACUGAGAUGUAACCUUUCUACUAAGUAUAUAGGUCAAGGCUACACUGCUCAAAAUAUCAGUUUUACUAAGACAACACCCUCUAAGCCAAAGACAAAUGUAACAUGUGUUGAGAAUCAAGUUGUUGAUGAGAGCACUGCCAUGCUGGUUAUAAAUAAUGUUUCUGUGGAUGAUAGUGGAACAUAUUACUGUUUGUUGGGAGAUUGCAACAGUCAUCAGUUGAUUGGAAAUUUCAAUGAUAUCAAAGUUGAAUAUAAACCUAAGGAAGUGGAAAAUUUACUCUGCUAUCUUUAUAACUGGAAGGAAUAUAUCUACUGUACUUGGCAGCUGUCUGAGCCUUAUGUUGGCAAUGACACACAUGUCCAAUUCGUGUUCAAUUCUGACCAAACACAAGAUGUAGUUCAGAAUUGUCCCAAUCUUACUAAAACUAGCUGUCGCUUAGACUUUAGUGGUAGCUCAAUAUACAUUAUUGAAAUCAGUGUUAUUAAUAGCAAAACCAAAGAUAAUGCAAGUAUUAUAUAUAUUAUGGAAAUCAAUGAAUCUGUGAAACCAGCACCUGUCGACAGAGUAACAACUGAAGGUCUUGGAGAUAAAGGCUGUUUUAACAUUAGUUGGAGUCACUCUGCUAAAAACUGGAGCAAAUUUUUUUUGGUCUACAUACAACAGCUGGGCAGUACGGACUGGAAGCUUAGAGAAAAUGGAACAUCUGAGUAUUUGAAAAUCUGUGAUAUUGGUCCUUAUGUUCCUAUCAAUGUCUCUGUCUUUUGCUGUCCUAAUCAUCCUUAUUCUGGGUACUGUAGUAAUCCUUCAAAUUUCAGUUACACUACCCCUCAAGUUGCUCCAUUAUUUGGACCAGAGUCUUUGAAUGGAAGUUACAUUACCCAAAAUUGUAUCAAUGGUGCUCCAAGAAAUGUAACCAUUUUUUGGAAGGAUGUUAUCAAAACAGCUCAAAAUGGGCUAAUAAGUGCUUACCAGAUCAAAUACAGUUCCAGUGUAGUAAACCUUAAAAGUGAUAAAUACCAGGCAACUAUACAACUCCCAUGUCACUCAAGUGCAGAAGUAGAGAUUUCUGCAAUAAAUAGUGCAGGCCGAUCAGUUCAACCAACUUCUCUACUCAUUGCACCUUUGGAGUUUGAAGUUCCAGAAAUAAUUGAAACAUCCCUAGCUCUAGAAAUGAAGAAUGGCCUAAUACAAGCUCACUGGGAUACAAACAACAUAAGCAUCUAUUCAUACACUUUGUUUUGGUGUCAAGCUGCAUUUACUGGUUAUUGCAAGGGAGAAAUAUUCUGGAAGUCAAUUCCAAGCAAUCAGUCAUCAACCACAAUAUCUAUUUUUAAUCCACUGGAAUUUAACUUUGGUCUAGCUGUGACAGAUGAAGACCGAGGGAAAACAUCUCCUAUGGUCUGGUUUGAAUGUUACUAUGAUCCAGAUAAAUCCUUGCCAAAGAUUAAUGGUAUAGAUGUGUUGGCCUUGGAAUCGUCAGUCACUGUCAAGUGGGAUCCGUUGAAGUGCUCUAAAUCUUUCAACUAUAAAGUGACUAAUUAUAUAAUCAAAUAUUGUGUGAUAAAUUUGUGUUCAGAUUCUGAUGUGAAAACAAUUGAAGUUGAAUCGACAAAAUCUUUCUACAAAAUCUCUAAUCUGGAUGCUGAGACAAAGUAUCAAGUUAGUUUGUCUGCUAAAUCUGAGAAUACUUCUGGACUAGACUCAGAAUGGAUCCAGUUUCAGCCUAUAGCCCCGAAAAGUAUAGUAAAGAUAGUUGUACCCAUAGUACUUGGAACAACUUUUGCAAUAGUUAUAAUAGUUCUUGCAACCAUUUUAUAUAGAAAAUGUUCAAGAAGUCACAAGAAAUUUAGAACUUUAAAUUUUGAAAAGGAUGCAAUACAAAUCGAAGGUUACAGUCCAGUCUGCACUAAUAUGAAAUCAGUUGAUACAGAAAAGGCUAUAGAAAUUGAAAAUCUCAAUAUCAAGAGAAAUGAUUAUGAUCUUGUCAUUCAAGAUAUCCAUAGUGUAGAAUCAUCUGAUUCCUCUGCAUCCAGCUCUGACAGUAGAAGUAGAUUAAUUGAAAAAACUAAAACUCAGUCAAGAAAAUUGGAAGAACCAGUAGAAAAAAACAACCAUAUUAGACUUAACGAUAUUUCUGUUGGCCUCAUCCCCCAAAUUGGGCCUGCAUUGAAUGAAGGUUGUUCUUCUCAAACUGAAUGUGCUGACAAGGAAACAGAAAUCCCUCAAUAUUUCAAGUUUAAGGAUUCUAGCCCUGAAAGCACUGCCCAGCAGGACACAGAAUCAUCGCCAUCUAAAACUAUACCUCUAGAAACAGUGAUGAUUGUCCAGAAGUUGAAUGGGAUUGGAGAAGAGUUGUCAGCAAACUCUGAAUCUCUCAGCUCAGUUAGUCCAUGCUUGGAGUACAUGGCAUUAGAUGAAGAAAACACUCUGGUGACUAGACCAAAACAUGAGGAGAAUCCUGCAGAUCUACAAGAGGUUAAUACAAUCCCUGGUGGACAUUCUGCAUGUGUUCAUGAUGUUAAUGCUCAAUCCCCUGUGGUUUUAGGUGGAAGCUGUUCAGUUUUGCUAAGUCAAGAAAUCUCAGAACCCCAUUCUGGUUCUAGUAUAAAUGAACAUUGCUACACUCAAUUAAAGCAAACUGAAUCUUCUUGUCCAACUACAAACAGUAAUCAGGCAAUCAGACCACAAAUAAGAAAUAACUUAGAUAAUAGUCGUGUAGUAAACACAGAAAAUGUUAGCGCUCAUGUACCUUUAUAUGUAACAAUCUCAAGUGAACCUAACCAAUCUGAGAGUGAGAUAAAAAAUGAGUUUGAGUGUGUUGCUAUGGUGGUGCGCAACAACUUCACAAAUCCACUCAGUACAGAUACAAGCAAGAAGUCUAAUCUUGUCCAAGGUACAAAUGAAGACCUGGCUGGCAAUACUUUGAUACAUAAUUUAACUGACAGAGUUUUGACCAAAAGUUCAAUCAACACUCCUAACACAGAUCCCAGUAGUAGUAAUUGUUUGUGCAGUAGUGAUUUCUUGUCUAACACAGAUCCCAGAAGUAGUGAAUUUUUGUCUAACACUGAUUCAAGUGGUAGUGAUUUUUUGUUUAGCAAAUUUUCCAGUAGUAGUGAUUUUUUGUCAAAUACAGGUCUGAACAAUAGUUCUAAUAAUUUGCCUACUAUUGAUCUGAAUAAAAGCUCUAAUUAUUUGCCUAAUACAGGUUUAAAAAAAAGUUCUGAUUAUUUGUCUAACAAUGGUUUGAACAAUCAAUCUCAUUAUUUGCCUGAUGCAAGUUUUAACAAUAUCUCUGAUUAUUUGUCUAACACAGGAUCAAACAAUUGUUCUGAUUAUUUGCCUAAUACAGGUUCAAGGAAUAAUUCUGAUUAUUUGUCUAACACUACUCCAAAUCAUAGUUCAGAUCAUUUGCCUAACACAGAUUUGAACAAUAGUCUAGAUUAUUUGCCUAAUAUAGGUUAGAACAAUAGUCUAGAUUAUUUGCCUAACACAGAUUUGAACAAUAGUCUAGAUUAUUUGCCUAACACAGGUUUGAACAAUAGUCUAGAUUAUUUGCCUAAUACAGGUUUCAACAAUAGCUCAGAUUAUUUGCCUAACACAGAUUUGAACAACAGCCUAGAUUAUUUUCCUAACACAGGAGUGAACAAUAGCCUAGAUUAUUUGCCUAACACAGGUUUGAACAAUAGUCUAGAUUAUUUGCAUAAUACAGGUUUCAACAAUAGCUCAGAUUAUUUGCCUAACACAGAUUUGAACAACAGCCUAGAUUAUUUGCCUAACACAGGUUUGAACAAUAGCCCAGAUUAUUUGCCUAAUACAGGUUUCAACAAUAGCUCAGAUAAUUUGCCUAACACAGGUUUGAACAAUAGCUCUAAUUUUCUUGCUUUACAUAGGAUUGAACAACAACAAUGAUUACUGGGCUAACAGGGGUUUAAACAAUGGCCAAAAUUAAUUCCAUAACACAGUAUUAUAGAAUACCUCUGCUUUGUCUAACACAGGAUCAAAUAAUCCUCAUUAUUCACCUAAGACCUAAGUUUGAAUAAUAACUGAUUAUUUGCCUUACACAAAUUUAAACAGUAGCCAAGAUUAUUCACCUUACUCAUGUUUGAAUAUUAGCCCAGACUGUUUAUUUAACAGGUUUGAACCAUAGCCCAGAUAAUUUAUCUAACAGUGGUGUGAAUAAAAACUCUGAUUAUUUUUCUUAAACAGGUGUGAACAAAAGCUCUAUUUAUAAAUAAUUAUUCAGAUUAUAUUCCUGAAACAUGAACAAUUAUAGUAUCAUCGUCUAUAUUUUUUUUCUCAUAAUGUUCAUCAAUAUUUUUGACACAGCUGUAAAUUAAUGUGCUAUAGUGAAUCACAGUUGAGGUACCAUAGCGCAAAAUAAAUAUGACUAAGUAAGCUGUGUGGAAAAAUACUUGACUGUAAAACUGGCUCAGGCUUGUAUUGGGAGAUUGUUAGUUGUUGAACUUUACCUCAGUUCAUUAGUCAGGAAAAAAUUGUGUUUGUUUUACUGAGCACAUUACAUUUUCUUGACCCCAGUGUUUGGUUGUAGAAACAUUUUAACUAUAAAUUGCUUUACUUGUGGGUUGCAUAGCUUACAUUGACAUUUUCCUCAAUUGUAAAUCUAGUACCAUCUAAUACUUUAAAUAAUUGUGAGAGGUUGGACAUAGGGUAUUUGUCGUGAAGUUUACUAAUGAUAGUGUUGUUACUAUGCAGUAUUAAUUAAAAAACAAUAUAAAAAACAUAUGAAGUUUCUUCUCUAAAUCUCUCUAUUUUUCACACUAUUUACAAAUGUUUGUUUUCAAUUUUAUAGAAAAUAUUAUACUUUUUGAUUUAUGUAAUUAUUUUAUUAAAUAUUGUUACCUCCUAUAAUUUAGAUAGCACUUAACUUCUGUUGAGACCAUGUUUGACACAAAUUUAAAAUACUUUUUAGAGAUUUGUUGUUGUUGUUGUUAAAUACACAGUCUUUCCUCUUUUUUUGUAUUUCUUACUUAAGAGCGCCCCUUAAAAAUGUUUACAUAUGUGUAAUGUAUUAUUCAUUACCUUUUCUGUUUGUCAAAAAAGAGAGAUUAAAGAAAAUUGAACAAGGUUCAUAUUGAAGGAAAAGCAAGAACCUAAUAGAAGUCUUUUUUUUGUAAUAAUUAUUUGUAUUUCUAUACUAUACAAAGUGUUACUGUCCUUAAGUAAAAGAAAACAAUGCUCAAGCAAUAUAAUGGUUAUUUACAAAUAACUAGUCAAACUAAUUUAUUUAGUCUAUUCAGUAUGCCAGCAUAUCAAAGGGAUUUGCUCUUUCAUUGUGGAGAUUAUUCACUCAGUUAUUUUUGCCCUGUUCACUAACAAAGUUUUGGACUUUUUUUUUCUUACACACCCUUCCGCAUUACUCUUUUAUGUAAUGUUUAUAUAAAUAUAUAUUUUGUUUUCUUUAAGCUAUGUGUUUCGACAUUUACAAAUAAUUUCUUCUGAUGAGAUUAUGCUUUUUAGUGAUUUUUGUGCCAUCAUAUUUAUAUAUCAUAUUGUUGUAUUUGUAAAGAUUUACUUUAAAAAAUUAAAAACAAUGUUUAAAAUAUGAUGCACCAUAGGAUAGUUAGCAAAGGUUUUUUCCUGUACAUAAGAGCCUGUAAAAAAUAUUUCAGUAACUUCAUUGAUUUAAAAUGCUGAAUAACUUUAACUCUUUCUAGAAAAGUUUAAAAAUAAAAUAGUAAUUACAAAAUUAGAGUCUUGAAAUAUCUCUUUCACUGUAAAUAUUUAAAGAAUCUUAACCAAGUCAUUUAUUUUUCUUCAACUUAUGUUAAGAUCUUGCAACUAAAAAAAAAAAUAGUUUAUAACAUAAUAUCAAAAUGAGUUUUCCUCCUGAAAAUGUGUUGACUAAACAAAAUCUUUUCUAUGACUGCUUUAUUUUUAUUUGGACCAUGCUCUUAAGAAAGUUGUUCAAAGUGAAAAAGAAAAUGAAUUGCCUGCACAUUCACCCACAAAAGAUGUUUACUUGUGUACAUAUUUGUUCUAAACGGCUCUAUUCUUUCAUGCUACAAUGUUACUAAUGAAUUAAACAUUUACAAACAUGACAUUCCAUAUGUCAAUUUGUUCAUAGUUUAUUUGUCAUUUGUAUAUAAUUAGCACAACUAUUUCAGAUGUUAUAUAUUAUUGAUUAUAAAGGAAAUGAUAGCCUAAUAAUUUACAACCCAAAUAUUUGUUAAAUGAUUUUAAUUAAUCUUUUUUUUUAGAUUUGUUCACAGUUUACUUGUCAUUUUGUAUAUAAUUAGCACAACUAUUUCAGAUAUUAGAUAUUGUUGAUUAUAAGGAAUUAAUAGCCUAAUGAUUUACAACACAAAUAUUUGUUAAAUGAUUUUCAUUAACUUCAUUUUUUUUUUUUGGAUUUGUUUUUGUUUUAGCUUCUACAUAUCUGAAUGUAAUACGUAAUGAAAAAAAACGUUUCAAAAGAGAAAAGUUGGCUUUGUUUAAAAAUUGUAUUCCUUAAUGUUUUUUAUAUUUAUAUUCAAGGCAAGUCCUAACUCAUUAACUCAUCAUUUAUUUUUCCAUUUAGAAGCUAUCCAAAAUAUGAAAGUUGGAACAAUUAUUUAAUAAAAUACUAACAUUUUUCUUUUUUUGUUUCACUCCAAAUUUUUUAGUCCAAUUUUUUUUUCAAUUAUGGAACAAUAGGGUUGCCUGGUUGUGUAGUAUGCACUUUAUGCUGUCAUCACAAUGGUCCAGAGCUUCAACCCUGCCUGCUGCCAUCUCCUAGCCAUCCUGAAGAAAUGUCAGAAACAUAUAAGCAAAGAAUAAUAAUUUCUAAAAGCAGAUAUUUUCCUUUUUGGAAGCUAAUGCAUUGAACUUGAUUAGAUAAAUGCCAAAUAUCUGUAAGUAAAUGCACUUUUAUGAGAAUUUUUAUAUUUAUGAAAAAAAAAUAUUUCCAGGUAUUUAGAUGUAAGCUCAUAAAUACCUAAAAUUUUUAAUCUUCCCAAUUUUUGUUUCUUUUCUGUUGUUGUUUUUUUUUGUAUAUGAUCAUUCUUUUUAAUGUUUUUUCCCUCUGUGAUGGUUUAUUACAAACUACUUGUAGUGCAAUAAUCAUUUUCUUAAGAAAUGUUUUAAUGCUAUUUAAUUAGGGUGAGAGAGUCUUCAACUAAAUAAAUGAUAAUGUUAACUUUGUUUUGAAAUGUCAUUAUCUUGAGAUUGUCUUAGUAAAGCUUGUCUCACCUUCCAGCUUGUGUUCUUCAAGAAACUAACUUUAUUCAGAUGUAUUAGGAAUUCAAUGUGAAUUUUUAAAUGCUCACUAGUCAAAAGUUUCUUCUUUGCUCUUUAUGUUCCCUGAAGCUUGACCUGAUUGGUCAAACUGCUGACCUGAUUGGUCAAACUGGUCAUGUUUCAAAUCACUUUUGAAAAAUAUUUGAGCCAUAACCAGCAUUUUUUUUAUUAGCCUGUAUUCGCUUAAAGUCUUGAAUUGUAUGUAAAAAAUUACAAAUAAUUGUAUUUAAUUUAAAUUUUCACUUUUAAUUUCUUAGAUGCAGAUAUGUUUGUAUCAAAAUGAUGUCUUUCUAAUUGUACUUACCAGCAGGGCCAGAUUGAAGUAUGUAGAGGCCCCAAGCUAGUACUUUUGUGGAGGCCUCCAACACUUUUUCAAAAGCUUGAAUACAAAUCCACCUCUUAAUAAUAAUGCUCAAAUCUAAAAGCAUGCCAUAUCUUAGAAGAAAGAAUUAGUGUAUUAGUCAAUUUAAAAUCAUUUUUCUUAUUUUAUUAUUUUUUUUGUGGAAAGUAAGACCCUUGGUUCAUGAACUGCCGUAAAUCUGGCGAUGCUGCUAUACACUAUACACAGACAUGUCUUAAAUGCUACACACUAUACACAGACACGUCUUAAGCACAACAGUGUUGCCAACCAUAAAAUUUAAAGUAUUGUUGGUACAAAUGAAAAAAAUACCCGGUAUUCAAAAUAAAAAAACUUUUCUGACAUGUCGAGUUUCAGAUAUUUUCACAUCUAUCUUAUAGGCCCCUCUCUUCUGAUGGCCCCCAGGGCAAUAUAUAUAUAUAUAUAUAUAUAUAUAUAUAUUAUAUCCCAGUGUGCCCUGCCUUAAAUCUGGUCCUGCUUAACCGGAGAAUCUUUUGUGCAUAUUAUGCAGCGUAAAUCUUUAUUAUUGAGUUAAGAAUAGAUCUAUAUGUAUCAUUUAAAUAUAUCAACAUGAGGUCAUCUCUUUAGUGAGACAAUAUUUCUUGUUUAUUAAGCAGUGUAACUUGUUUCUAUUUGAGUGGUUUUAGUUCUAAAGUGUUGACAUGAGAGGAAGUAAAUUCUUUCAUCUUGACAACACUUAGAUCUAGUCAUCAGUUUCUCUGAUGAGUUUUGUAUAUGUCUCUUACAUUGUUCUGCUUUGAAUCUCAGUCGUUUUGUUGCCUUGCUAAUCAUUGUCAUUAGGAACUUGUUUUGUGUAUUGCCUUGGUCCCGGUGUCAACAAAAAAGAAUGAUGUUGAUAUUUCUUGAAAUGAAUUUACUGACUUUAUCAUUGUACAAUCUAUGCAUGUACUUCAUAGUGCUUUAGAUCAGCCAUUGUGCCAUUAAAACAUUUCAAAUUUGUGGA